AUGGAAGGAAAUUGCUUUAUUUCUGGAACUUGCUUUGAUUUGGCUUUUGAUUUGUCGCUUUCAGCUCUACUUGGAGAUAAUAUUUAUAACUUUGGGGAACUGUUAGCGCAUCCAGUUGUAAGUUUGCCUUCACCCUCCAUUCUACUUGGAACAAAUGUGGAAUGGCUUUACCACAUUCUACAAGCAUUCAACCACGGUGAUUUAGUUCAGUAUCAAGAACUCUGUCGUGUGCACAACGCAUCCUUGAGCGCUCAACCAGCACUAGUUGAGAAUGAGAAGAAACUAUUAGAGAAGAUCAACAUUCUCUGCCUUAUUGAGAUCAUUUUCAGCCGACCUGCUGAAGAUAGGACCAUACCUUUGAGUGUUAUUGCUGAGCGUACUAAACUUUCAAUCGAAGAUGUUGAGCACCUUCUCAUGAAGAGCUUAUCCGUGCACUUGAUAGAGGGAAUAUUAGAUCAAGUGGAUGGAACAGUUUAUGUCUCAUGGGCGCAACCAAGGGUGUUAGGGAUUCCGCAGAUCAAGUCAUUGAGGGAUCAGUUAGACAGUUGGGUCGAUAAGGUUCACACUACAUUGUUAUCUGUGGAGGCCGAGACACCUGAUCUUGUUGCAGCUUAAAAACCCUUGUUUCCUCUUUUUCUUCUUCGUUGUCUGUUUAAGCUACAAAUUGUAACAUUCUCUGAGGGGAUUAAAUGCAAGUUCUAUUUUAAGUGUUUUUAGGAGCUACAGUUACUUUUUAAACCUUGUCCUCAACA